CUCACACACUCACACACUACUUUAGUGGAGAAUAAAGGGAAUGACCUACAGAAAUAUUAAAAUGCGGUUAGGACAGAACCUAUAUCUGUUUUUAACAAUCAUCAUUGUUUCAGUUUUUGGGUUAGUUUACCUUAUAUUUACUCCACCCAGGAACAGAGAUUUGGAUCGGCCUGACAUUCCCACAACAUCCCAAUGGUUAGCUCCGAUCGUCUGGGAGGGAACGUUUGAUCUGAAGAUGAUUGACAACAUCUACAAGCGGCAGAACAUCACCGUGGCAACCACUGUCUUUGCGCUGGGAAAGUAUGUACGUUUCCUGAAAGACUUCCUAGAGUCAGCGGAGCGGCACUUCUUUGUGGGCUACCAAGUGCAUUAUUACGUGUUUACAGAUCGUCCGGAUGAGGUUCCCAUAGUAAAACUGGGAAAGGGACACCAGUUGACUGUGAAAAAAACAGCAAGCUCAAACCGCUGGCAGGAAAUCUCGCUCCGCAGGAUGGAGAGGAUCGAGAAGCUCAUUGAAGAGGAACUCACUGACAAGGCAGACUACAUAUUCUGCCUCGAUGUCGACUCCAAAUUCUAUGCUCACUGGGGGGCGGAGUCUCUGGGCGACCUCGUUGGCGUUCUGCAUGCCUGGUUCUUCGGGUCAUUUAAAAGGUGGUUCCCAUACGAGCGGCGUCCUAAAUCUCAGGCCUACAUACCUUAUGGAGAAGGAGACUACUACUACGGAGGGGCCGUGUUUGGAGGGCGCCCCAAGAACGUGCUCAAGCUGGCGAGGACGUGUCGCAUGCAGUUGGAAGUGGACCAAGCCAAUCAGAUUGAAGCAGCAUGGCAGGAAGAGUCUCACCUUAACAAGUACUUUCUGUACAACAAGCCCACCAAAUUGCUCUCACCUGAAUACUUGUGGGACGACACAAAAUGGAGAACCAGAUACUUGAAAGUGGUGCGUUUCUCACAGGUGGUCAAGUACUAUGCUGAGAUUCGACCCAACCCUUAGUGCACAUUGUACCUCAGCGGUGGCGCUACUGCUUUGUGGCAGGUCUGUGACAUUUUAUAUUCCUGGUCAUUAUUUGAUGAUCAUUAUGGCAUGUCAAACAUUACAAACAAACUAAAAUUCUUAAGAAGGGUGUUUUCUGAGAAAGGUUUAUUAACCAAUCAACAGAUAAACCAAUAAUGGUCCGUUAGCAAGGGGGAGCAGGAAAUGCAGUUUGAUCAUUGUGCAGUUCACUGUUUUUGGCAGAUCACUUUCAGAAUUUGCUGAAAUACAUCUGAGACCAAGAAAUAUUCAGGUACUUACUGUAGCAGAAUCUUCACCAGAGC